AUAUAAGAAGCUGAAGAGUGAAAGCAGCAUGGCAAGUAAUGUAUGGGGACUUCCCUGUUCCUUGUCUAGCACACAAGCUCCUUCUAUAUCUUCAACCAAGCUCGUUCCUGAUGCCAACAAACAGCAUACACCAUUUAGAACUCCACCUAGUUUCAACCCUACUUCUUUUACUCAUGAAUUUAUCCACUCCCUGCCAAACAAUCCUCCUAGAGAAACUCUGCAAGAAAGAGCAGCAGAGUUGGAGGAGAAAGUACGACUUAUGAUGAAUGCAACAGACAUGGAACCGCUAAGCUUACUUGAACUGAUUGAUGAUAUUGAACGCUUGGGACUAUUCUUCAGGUUCGAGGACUGGAUAAACAAAGCCCUUCUCAGACUUGUUUCAAUUGAAAACUUCAAACACCGAACCACAAAAAGUCUUCAUGAAACAGCUCUUGUUUUUCGAAUUCUCAGACGACAUGGCUUUCAUGUCUCCCAAGACAUUUUUACGAGUUUCAAAGAUAAAGAAGGAAAAUUCAAAGCUGAAAUUAGUAACGAUGUAGAAGGAAUGUUAAGUCUGUACGAAGCAUCAUACUUGACCUUAGAAGGAGAAAGUCUUUGGGAGGCAAAUGAAUUUUCAAGGACACAUCUGAUGAAUUUAAUGGAAGAAAGAUCAAUGGAUGCGAAAAUGGCAGAAAAAGUUAGGCAUGUACUGGAGGGGCUUCCCUAUCAUAAAAGUUGUUGUAGACUAGUGGCACAACACUAUAUUAACACAUACGAUAAGGCAGAACCGCAUAAUCUCUUACUCUUAGAACUUAUAUCUGAUUUGUGCAAAGCAUACCUCCAAGAAGCAAAGUGGUUUCACAACAAAAUUAUUCCACCAUUCGAUAAGUUCAUAGAAAAUGCAAGGAUCUCGAUCUCAGCAGGGUUUAUUAUUACUCAUGUUUACUUCUUGAUAAGCCAAGACAUCACAGAACAAGUGAUUCAUUCUCUGACUAAUAAUGACCACGACUUGUUGCGCUCUGUAUAUACCAUUUUUAGGCUUAGCAAUGAUUUGGGAACAUCAACGGACGAGAUAGAGAGGGGUGAAACCUCGAACUCAAUUGUAAGCUAUAUGCACGAAACAGGUCUUCCAGAAGAGAAUGCCCGUCAAUACUUCAAAACUUUGAUGGAGAAAGAAUGGAAAAACUUGAAUAAAUACCUAAUUAUGGAUUCUAUAUUCCCGAAAUCUUUUGUUCAGUUUGUCAUUAACGUUGUUCGGAGUGGUCAUUUCGUAUAUCAACAUGGAGAUGGAUUUGGACGACAAAACAACAUAACAAAGAGCACAAUUAAGUCAGUACUAAUGUACCCGUUCCAACUAAUGUGCCAUGACGAUGUUGAGAAAAUAAACUUUGAAAUUUGAGUUUAUUUGCUUAAAUUUGCUAAAUAUAUAUAUUUGGAAUUCGUUUUUUGAAUUUCUUCAGUUGUGUAUCAUGUUCUAAUGAUUAAUAAAG